GUCGGUUUCUACGCAGUACAACGGGAGUGAGGCGAGUGACAGGACAGCGACACUAGUGGCGUUCGUGGUUCGUUCGUUAAGAUGCGAGCAGUGUGAUGAUAGGGCAUGGAGAUUUGCGGUCUACAGCUUGGCGACUUCGGUGGCUACAACAGAAUGAAGUGCGGGUGCACGGGCUACGAACGUCUUCUGGAACUGACGUCGAUUUGCCCAGAGAAAGAUGAAACCAGCGACAAGGAGGAACUUACGUUCUACAAUGACGACGGGAGCUGCCAGCUGGUGGUCGUGGAACGUAACCUGCGCGCCAGUGACCUUUGCCAACUGUUGGCGCUGAAGAACCGAGUAGCCAAAGAUGUCAGCUGGACCAUUGUUGAGCAGUGGGUUGAUUUGGGACUGGAGAGGAGUCUGGAGGACCACGAAGAGGUUCUGGCUGUCUAUGACAUGGAGGUGGACGGGAGGCAGACCGAGAAGCGGUUCAUCUUUCGCAAAGAUUUUCGAAAAUACGAAUUCUUCCAUAAUCCGCAGCAAUUCUUCCCAGCUGACAUGGUGGAUACAGCUGGCUGUGACCAGUUACUGGAACCUCAUGCCCUACAGAUGCUGGUGACAUCUGGUGAAGAGUGCCCUGUGAUCAGCAGCCACGUGUGGUUGCGGGAGGCAAACAAACAGGUGUGGAGCAAAGUGUUCCUCCUGCUGCGAGAUGCGAUCCUUCACAUCUCUCACAAGGGACAGGUGGUGCCCAAAUUGCUGCGGAAGACAACCAACAAGGUGGGUGAUGCGUCAGACCUGCAGGUGUUGGUGCGACUAUCCGACUGCAACGUGUACGUACCUCUGAACGCCCGGAAACAGUUUCGCGCGCCGACAGAGUUUGGCCUCUGUCUCACAGGCGAACGUGAAGCUCUGCACUGCUUGGCCUGCGAGUCUGAGCGCGUCAGAACCUGUUGGCUCACCGCGAUGAGGCUCGCCAAGUAUGGUAAGCAGCUUCGGGAAAACUACCGAGCCUUUAAGAACAAGCAGCAGAUGGAAAGUAUCACGUGUUCUGUGCCCAGUGAAAGUGUCCGAUCCCGCGUGGCCAUGGACUUCACGGGGAGUGUCGGUCGUAUCGUGGAGGACCCUCAGGAAGCCAAGGCCAUCGCCGUGGCAGAGGGUUACUCGUGGAAGAGGCGCUGGCGACCGUCGACGCGCGGCCCCAGUCUGCUCAGGGUGUCUGGUGCGGGGGGUCUCAAGUCUGGUAUACACAUCACACAGCCUUGGUUCCACAGCGGCAUGACGCGGGACCAGGCGACACAGCUCAUCGGCAGACACGGCACUGUGGAUGGUGUUUUCCUUGUGCGAGAUAGCUACAGCAGUCCCGGGUCAUUUGUGCUGACUUUUAAGUGCAGUGGGAAAGUUCUGCACUCACAGAUACAGCCCGUGUUGGAUCCACUACGCGAUUCCGUGUGUUAUUCUCUGGACAGCGGAGUUACCAAGUUCUACGACCUGCUCCAGCUGGUCGAGUUCUAUCAGCUGAACGCGGGGUGUCUUCCCACACGACUCACGCACUACGUCGUUCAGAAUCCCACCGGCCCUCUGUACGCAGAGAAGCAAAUCAUACCAGCAAGUUUCUGACGCCGCCGAUAACUCGUCUCUAUGCGCUGCGAGACAAUCAAGAUGGCCGCAAUGCGUCAUUCUAUUGUCAUACUCAAGACAGUAUUAUAAAACUUUCGUACAGGGUCCGUAUACAUAUUAAACUUUUUAUUUUCUUAAUAAGAACAAAGAGUUCAUAAGGCUGAGGUCAAUUUUUUCA